GUUAGCGGUACAUUUGGACUCAUUGACCUUGGUGUUCGUCAUUCAAAGAGCCUACCUGGGACUUUUGACUUGCCUGAAAUGCAAAGAGCUUCGCAUUCCCUUUAAGUCUCGAAAUAUUGUGAAAAUAUAUACCCAAAGAAAUUUGUUGUCUCAACUUAUUUUCAAUACGAUGGAUGUGGCUAAGGUUUUACGCAUCAGCACUGAAAAACAAGCUAUCCUUUUGCAACUGUCUGUGGUGUGUAUUGCUGCUAUUUUAGCUUUUGCUAUUCGACUCUAUUCCGUUAUUCGUUUCGAAUCGGUUAUUCAUGAAUUUGAUCCUUAUUUUAAUUAUCGUACUACACGUUUUAUGACUGAGAAUGGAUUUUACCAAUUUCAUGAUUGGUUCGACGAUAUGGCAUGGUAUCCACUCGGUAGAAUUAUUGGAGGUACAAUAUAUCCUGGACUUAUGUUGACAUCGUCUUUCAUAUACUCACUACUUCAUGCUAUCAAUGUUACAAUGGAUAUACGAAACAUUUGUGUGUUUUUGGCUCCUUUGUUUUCAAGUUUUACAACUAUAGUAACCUUUUUACUGACAAGCGAGAUUCAGGACACUGGCUCUGGUCUAAUAGCUGCUGCUAUGGUUGCAAUCGUACCUGGUUACAUUAGCCGAUCAGUUGCAGGUUCUUAUGAUAACGAAGGGAUUGCUAUAUUCUGCAUGUUAUUCACAUUUUAUUUGUGGAUUAAAGCUGUGAAAACUGGUUAUUUAUUCUGGGCUUGCGCUUGCAGCUUAGCAUACUUUUACAUGGUUUCUUCUUGGGGUGGAUAUGUAUUUUUAAUAAAUAUCAUACCUAUUCAUGUAUUAAUACUCAUGCUUACAGGAAGAUUUUCGAGUCGUCUUUACACAGCCUAUUCUACUGUUUAUGUUCUAGGUACUAUACUGUCAAUGCAAAUUAGUUUUGUUGGUUUCGCCCCUGUAGUAUCCAGUGAACAUAUAGGAGCUCUCGGGGUGUUUGGAUUAUGUCAACUCUUUGCCUUUUAUACAUACCUUCGUGGAGCUUUGUCUUCUGAACAGCUGUCAACAGUUCUGCGUGUUUUCGGUUUAUCAUUGUUCGGCAUAGCGUUGAUUGGCGGUUCUGUAUUAUCUGCUACAGGUAAAAUAUCACCUUGGACUGGACGAUUCUAUUCUCUGCUGGAUCCAACUUAUGCCAAGAAUCAUAUACCAAUUAUUGCUUCUGUAGCUGAACAUCAACCAACUUCUUGGAGUUGUUAUUAUUUUGAUCUUCAAUUCUUAACAGUAAUGUUUCCUGUUGGUUUAUACUAUUGUUUCCGGAAAUUGACAGAUGCUAGUAUCUUUGCAAUAAUAUAUGGUAUUACAAGUGUUUACUUUUCGGGUGUCAUGGUUCGACUUAUUCUAGUAUUAGCACCAAUCAUGUGUAUUUUGGGUGCAAUUGGAGUUUCUGGAAUAUUGAAAUCAUUUUCAGUUCAUCUUAAUGUAUCUGACAAUCAAACUGUGAAAACACCAAGUAAACUGACCACAGCGAAUGGAUAUCAUCCAUCUAAUCUAAGCAGUAAUAAACUUCAUAAAAAUGCAGUGCAAGAUUCAACUUAUCCAUUUAAAAAUACAAUAGCUUCAUUUAUGAUUUUGCUUAUGUGGUUCCUAUUAAUCUUAUUCAAUAAACAUUGUAUAUGGGUUACAUCAUCGUCAUAUUCUCAUCCAUCGAUUGUAUUGGAAAGUUCCGAUCAUCAUGGUAAUCGUCAUAUAUUAGAUGAUUAUAGAGAAGCAUAUUAUUGGCUUAGACAGAAUACAAAACCUGAUGCUAAAAUUAUGUCUUGGUGGGAUUAUGGCUAUCAGAUUACAGCGAUUGCUAAUCGUACUGUACUUGUAGACAAUAACACAUGGAAUAAUACACAUAUUGGUCGUGUAGGUCAAGCUAUGGCAUCAUCUGAAGAGGAAGCUUAUGAAAUUAUGAAAGAAUUAGAUGUUGACUAUGUACUAGUUAUUUUCGGUGGUGUACUCGGGUACAGUUCUGAUGAUAUCAAUAAAUUUAUAUGGAUGGUACGUAUAGCUGGUAGUACAGAAAAAGGUCGUCAUGUCAAUGAGAAUGAUUACUAUACACCACAAGGUGAAAUGCGUGUAGAUGAAGGAGCUAGUUCAACAUUGCAGAAUUGCUUAUUGUAUAAACUCAGUUAUUAUCGAUUUUGGGAAAUGAAAACUUCAAGAGAUAAACCAUCUGGAUUUGAUCGUGUACGUGGUCAAGUAAUUGGACAUCGAAAUUAUGAAUUACAAGGUUUGGAAGAGGCAUUUACUUCAACCAGUUGGCUUGUACGAAUAUUUCGAGUGAAACCAUAUGCAAAUCGAGGAGUGAAUUAAAUUCUUUUGUUUUUUGUAGUCUAUUUUUUUCAAAAAAAAUAUAUGAUUGUAAAGGAU